CGUCGACAGCAGCAGCAGCAGCUGUCGGUCGGCACGGCAGUGUCGUGGAAGAGCCCACGCCUGACCCACGUCUCGUGAACCAAAUCGGCCCGGUACACAUGGUCGUGAUUUACGCACAUCCGAUCGUUCACUGCCAAGGUUCGAACCCAUUUUCCCGACCCGGCAGCCGUUGCCUCCGAUAUUUUUGAACGCGUAAUUAUUAUUUUAUUUUUUUUUGCGAUCUCUCGAUGCCCGUCGGACGACGAUGACGAAGACGACCGCGUACCACGGCGGACUGACGAUCACGACGUGGUGGUGUUGGUGGUGCACUGCCGCUCUGGUGCCAUUCGUCAUCGGUAUGGCGACAUGCCUCAAGGACGUUUUCAUUGAAGUUCCAAUAGCAAUAAGAGAAGGUACUACUGCCAUACUGCGAUGUGACUAUGACUUAGAACAAGAAGCUUUGUACACGGUCAAAUGGUAUAAAGGCCGUCGAGAAUUUUUCCGUUAUGUGCCUAAAGAGUUGCCGCACACAAGAGUGUUCCCUUUGGCCACCAUAAACGUAGACGUCAGCGAAUCAGGGCCAAACCAAGUGGUGCUGAGACAAGUGACGCCCGAAUUGGAUGGAAAGUACAGAUGUGAAGUUAGUGCAGACGCGCCAACAUUUCACACACAAAUUGUAGCUGCUUGGAUGCACGUUGUCCGAACAAUGGAAGGCAAACCAGAGUUACAUCUUGAAAAGCCACAGUAUUCACUCGGUGAGAAGUUGAGAGCAAAUUGUUCAUCGCCACCCUCAAAUCCACCUGCAAAUAUCACUUGGUUCAUAAAUGAUAAAGAGCUGGGAAAUGGUCGCAUAAUCAGAAUACCAUCAGUCAGGCCAUCCGGUCAAUUAUUUAAGACUGUCUCGUCAAUUGAAUACGACGUUUUAAUUGCUGGUAAGCUGAAGGUUAAAUGCCAAAGUGACAUAUACCACGUCAUCUGGUCGGAAACUGUAGUAAUGCUGGACGAAGAUAAACCAAGACUUGCGUCUAUUCUACAACCACAUGGUCAUUCAGCAGGAUUGACGUCAUCACCUUCGUUCAGCAUAAUCUUAUUGUUCACAUGUAUGAUUAUAAGGUAACGAGUCCAUCAUAAAAUGGAAAAAUGUUUCCAUUCGUUACCAUGUAAAAAUGUAGUGUAAAUUAUAAUUAUUAUAAUGUGUUGAUAAAGUAUAAAAUGUCGGUCAAAAUAAACCUCUAAGAUUUAAAUAGGUUAUUUUACUGAAAAUGUAUGAUAAACAGUGAAGCUAUAUUUCUGCCAUAAAUAACUUAAUAAUAUGUUUAACUAUCUAUAUAAAACAAUACAUUAUUAAUUAACUCUUACCAAUUUAGUUACACAUCUAUAUGCAUCUUUAAUGUGCAUUAUGAAUAUUUAUACUUGAAAUAGUUUUGACUACCUAUAUUUAAUAGUUUGGUCACAAUAUAAUAUAAAAAUGUAAAAACAAUAGUUUUAAAUGUUCGUGCGUUCAUAAGAAUUUAAGAUUUAUGUACUUAACAACGACAUGUUUUUGACGAUAUUUUUUUCCAAACUGUAAGUAUUUCACAUGAUUUCGGAUACAUAAUAUUUAUGUUCAUUAUGUAUUAAAUGUUUUAUAACUUAUAAUAUAUCUGUUAAAAUUUAAUCUUCUAAAAAUAUCGUUAUGUGUUAUUAAAGACAAAACCAAAAACUACAUACCUAUCCACAUAUUAUAGUUCUAGUAUUCUACUUUAUCUGUAUAAUGUAUAUAAAUAUAUAAUAUUUACAGUAGUUUUAAAUAAUUGAUUACCGACAUUUUAUUACAUUCCAGUUAUUAUAAUAUUGUGUUAAGAAAUGUUGAAUGCUAUUCAAAUAAUUAAUUUGUAUAAGAUGUAUCUGUAUGUAUAUCUAAGAUGUCUAUUAUGUCUGAUUAUAACAUUUAUUUUCCGUAAAUGUAUUAAUAUUUAGAAAAUAAAGCUGUAUUGUAAGUAAAAUGUUGAAUUAUUAUUUUUACAGCAUUAUUGUUUCUUAAACUUUUGAGGCCCAUGCCUACUUUUAUACUUUUGUAUAUAUAGAUGAGGUCAACACCCCUCCCCAUCAUAAGCUUACAAUAUUAUUACUAUAUUAUUCAGUGGUGUGAUAACAAAAUGCCCAUGGAUUUUCAAAAUCUUCCAGUCUCACAAGGGCGGCGCGUCAUCCAAAUUGAAAACACUUGUUCUACAGAAUGCCACUUCAUGAUUGCACGACUACAUAAACUUACUUAAAUAUGUAUCAAUAUAAAUAUUUUUAGUAAAAUAAUAAAAAUGAUUUUGAAAGUCAUAUUUGUGAUCUAACCUUGCGUCCUAUUGAUAUAAAUUCCAUAUGAUGCAUUGUAUUUUUAUUCCACAUGAAGUAGAGAAAUAAAUAAGUACCUAACUAUAUAGAAAAGCUAAAAC